UGCUGCUAAACUUCCUAGUAACCAGCGUGACUCCUGAUGUUGACUUAAACCGGAGAGCUUUCCUUGUAUUUCCACAAUUCUGAGUGAAUUCGUUCGCCCCGACGUCAAGAUGACUACAACGAUGCCGCAGAAGCGCUACUACAGACAGAGAGCACAUUCUAAUCCGAUGGCACAUCACUCGUUUGACUACCCGGUGUGUCCUGACGAAAUGGACUGGUCGAAGCUGUACCCUGAAUUCUUUGCCAACUUCCCCCCUGAAAAGGCGACACCACGAGUGGAGUUUGCAGACAUUGGCUGUGGCUAUGGAGGUCUUUUAGUGGAGCUUUCUCCACUUUUUCCAGAUAAGCUCAUGCUAGGUUUAGAAAUUCGAGUGAAGGUUUCGGACUAUGUGCAGGAUCGUAUCAAAUCGCUACGAGAAUCUCAACCAGGAGGCUACCAGAACAUCGCCUGUCUCCGCAGCAAUGCAAUGAAGUACCUCCCCAACUUUUUCAGUAAAGGGCAGCUCAGUAAGAUGUUCUUCCUCUUUCCAGACCCACAUUUUAAGAAGACCAAACACAAGUGGAGGAUCAUUAGUUCCACACUUCUGGCGGAAUAUGCAUACACGCUGAGAAUUGGGGGUCUGGUCUAUACCAUCACUGAUGUGGAGGAAGUUCACCUGUGGAUGGUCAAGCACUUCACAGAACAUCCACUCUUCGCACGUGUGCAGGACGACGAGCUGGUUGAUGACAUCAUCAUAAGUCGAUUGGGCACUUGCACCGAAGAAGGCAAGAAAGUGAAAAGAAAUGGUGGAAAGAAUUUUCUGGCUGUUUUUAGGAGGAUUGAUGAUUUAAACUAGGAUAAAAAGUCUGGAUCCGCUAUGGCCAUGAUGCUGGGACAAUUCUAUUUUUACCUCCAGAUUAUUUUCUAGUUCAGCCUCACCUCAGUCAAUGAGGAAUUUUGUUGUUCUUUCAUUUCAUUUCAACGUGUUUUUCUCUUUUUAAAUUACCCUUGUGUCAUACAUUGUUGUUUACCGUGGGCUGUACAGACAAAUGACAUUUUAGUAAAAUGAUUGAGAUUUA